AUGUUGUGUCCCUUUUUCUGUCAAAAUCCGUCUCGUUCAGUCAAGUCGGUUUUGUUCACCGUGGGAACCAUUGACCGUCGACCACUCUCACCGAGGAGAUAUACUGCCUGCCCAGACACCGUGGAGCGUUGAGACCCUGUUACUCUCAAUCCGCAUUGACAUCACCAGUUGCUGUGUAAAGGCAGAGUUGAAUAAACCCUGAGCUACUUAGCUUCGCAUACCAGAACAGCUACUGCUUGGAUCUGAUGCGAAUGCUUUGCCGAGAGUUUUAGCUUAGAUCGAUCAAUCAAAACCAGUAUAGCACUUCGGACCGAACGCCUCUCUGGCUUGGACAGUGCUUUGUCUACCUCAAUCUCGACCCUGCACCAAAAAAUACCCGCCUCUUGCCAUUGGGUGUGUCAUUUUCACGGCCGUCACAAUGUCGCAAAGGGGCGCAAGGCUGCGAAAAUGGUCGGACAAGUUGGCCGUCGAGGCAGAGCCUGGUCUGACCACCGGACAGUUGAUGUUGACAAACCAUGAUCUCAAGCCUGUCGAGCCAGAAAGGCGCCAAUGGGGCCCCUGGAACUUUGUCGGCUUCUGGAUCGCCGACAGUUUUAACAUCAACACUUGGAUGAUUUCUUCGUCCAUGGUAUAUGCCGGUCUUUCAUGGUGGCAAUCUUGGCUAUGCGUAUGGAUAGGAUAUACCAUCGCUGGUUGUUUUAUCGUUCUCACUGGUCGCAUAGGUGCCACUUACCACAUUGGUUUCCCCGUCGUUGCGCGAUCCUCAUUCGGUAUCUGGGGAAACCUUUGGCCCGUCUUCAACCGUGCCGCCAUGGCAUGCAUCUGGUAUGGUGUGCAGUCAUAUAUCGGUGGCAGAUGUGUAUACAUUAUGCUCCGAUCCAUGUCGUUGAACUGGGAUCGCGAUAAAAUCCCCAACACUUUCCCCGAGGGCUCUGGUACUACAACUGCCGACUAUGUCUCGUUCUUCCUGUUCUGGUUGGUAUCCCUACCGGCCAUCUGGUUCCCCGUACACAAGAUUCGGCAUCUUUUCACCGUCAAGGCCUACUUUGUUCCUGUCGCCGCCAUCGCCUUUCUCAUCUGGGCCGUGGUCAGGGCUGGAGGUGUAGGACCGAUUGUGCACCAGCCUGCCAAGAUUCAGGGCAGCGAAUUGGCAUGGGAGUUUGUGCUGGGCGUCAUGAGCAGCAUUUCAAACUUUGCGACCCUCAUCGUCAACGACCCCGAUUUUACUCGAUUUGCAGCCAGGCCCAAGGACGCUCUCUGGUCGCAGCUUAUAACCAUCCCAUUGGGCUUCGCCGUCACGUCCUUUAUCGGAAUCAUCGUCUCGUCCGGAUCGGAGGUCAUCUACGGAGAGGCUGUCUGGGAUCCUCUGAUGUUGCUCGAAAAGUUCAUUGACGAGGGCGGCCCGGCACAGCGCUUCGGCACCUUUGUCAUUGCUCUAGCGUUUGCGCUGGCUCAGCUCGGCACCAACAUCGCUGCCAACUCCGUCAGUGCCGGCACGGAUCUGACGGCCUUGAUGCCUCGAUACUUGAACAUCCGACGUGGAGGAUACAUCUGUGCGGCUGUGGGUUUGGCCAUGUGCCCCUACACGCUGCUCACAGAUUCGAACCAGUUUACGACGUACCUCUCCAGCUACAGUGUGUUCCUGAGCUCCAUCGCUGGUGUGAUGAUCUGUGAUUACUACGUCGUCCGCCGCGGCUACCUCGAGAUCAAGGAGCUGUACGACGCCCGCAAGUCGGGGCCGUACUAUUUCACGUGGGGCAUCCACUGGCGCGCCUACGCGGCCUACAUCGCCGGCAUCCUCAUCAACGUGGUCGGCUUCGCCGGCGCCAUCGGCCGCGACGUCCCCAUGGGCGCGACCUACAUCUACCGCCUCAACUUCUUUGCCGGCUUUGCCGUGUCCUCACUGGUCUACUACCUCUGCUGUCGAUUCUCCCCCAUCCCGGCCACCAGCGACCGGUGGAUGGAGGUCGGCGACGAGAUCGAGGACGUCACUGUCGCCUACAACGACGGCGCCAGUGGCGACUUUGCCCGGCGCAACGUGAGCAACGACGGGGCGAGCGGUAGCCAGGAUUACGAGGUCAAGAAGGAUGCGUCUUCGCGCAAUAGGACAGAGGUUGAUGCGAAGGUGGUUUAGGAAGGUUGGCGUUUUUUUUUUUCUUCUUUUCUUUUGGGAUUUUCUAGAAGGGGUUUUGAUCCCCUUGCAUAAUAGCGUCUGUUCCUUUCGCUUUUAUAGAUCAGGCUAUUUUUGAGAUCGUAUUGCGAUAGUUAAAAAGGGCUUUGGAUACUUGCCCGAAUGUUACGAUGUUAAAGACGACUUUCUUAUUUUUCGAAAUGAUACGUUUCAAUUCUUUUUCUGAAUUUCUUUUCUCGGUCGUUUCUCCGUCUCUCUUUUUAUCUUUGGUUCUUUCUUUACGAUACCCCUGACUAGAUUGGCAAAUCUGCCUCAGCAGGACCAAGCCAACAGUUCUCAUUGUAUAACGAGCAGAGACAAGGUGGCCUUUGGUGGUCGGUCUAGGCUACCCAACCAUGAGAAAGCCCAGACUGUUCUUAUUAUAGCUGUGCACCUAGAUAGAUUCCAACUCACGAGAUUCAUGUGAACUGAGCUUGGUGGGCAAAAGUACUGACCAGCCUUUUCGGAGAGUCGACCACCUGGUAUUUAAAAGCAUUGCAUCUCCAACCAUAUUCCAGUCAUGUGACACAGCCGAUUUGGAUAUCGUUGU